UUGGACCAAGUUAGACGCACCUUUGGGGCCUCCCUGAGUUAUACCACCUGCUGUUCAUCUCGUUGUAUCCGGAAGUGCAAACAAUUGUUUCCCCCUGUACAAUCCGAUCUUGUACCUCCGUAAGAGAAAUAUGAAGAUAUCAGCCAGAGUGCGAGGCGAAUGGCUUCAAGUCCCUUGCAAAGACGGUAAUGUGACCGUAGGAUGGCUGGCUGAAGAGGCGGUACGUCGUUACGUGCGGUUGCAUCCGGUCAGUGGGAACGUUCUUUUAGCGACCAACAACAACAAGCCGCGGAUGGUCGAGGUGCGCAAAACUGGCGGAUGUGUUCUACUCGAUCCGGAAGACAACGUCGUUGAUGUUCUUGACGACAAUGAUUUCGUUAACGUCAGGAUGGAGAACGAUGUACCAGAGGCUGUUGGACCUAGCACGAUCGGCCCGACAUCCAACAGCCAUUUCGAUUACACGCUGUCCGAUUCGUUUAUCCUCUCCAGCAAAUUAGGCGCCGUGGCCAACGACCAAUUGACGCCACCCGCGGAUUCCGACGUCGUUCUCGACGGUUAUCAUCUGACCAUCAAACAGUUGGUGUUGCUGAGCAAAGGGAACACUAAAAUCCGUUUGAGGAAAAUCGCCGAAGAUCGCGUGACAGCCGGUCGCCAGCUCGUCGAAGCCAUUUUGAAAGAAAAUAAGGUGGCGUACGGAAUAACAACGGGAUUUGGCAAGUUUGCAAGGACGGUCAUUUCUGCCGACAAGUUGGAGGAAUUGCAGGAGAAUUUGAUCCGUUCCCAUUCGGCCGGAGUGGGGCAACCGCUGACGCUGGAACGCGUCCGCAUGCUGAUGGCCCUGCGUAUCAACACGCUAGCUAAAGGCUAUUCUGGCGUCUCUCUCAAGACUUUAAACCAAGUGAUCAGCGCGUUCAACAGCUCCUGCCUGCCUUGGGUGCCCGAACAGGGAACGGUCGGUGCCAGUGGAGAUUUGGCCCCAUUGUCCCACCUCGCCCUGGGCAUGAUAGGCGAAGGCAAGAUGUGGAGUCAUCGGACCGGCUGGACCGACGCCAGACACUGUUUGGAAAGCAACGGACUGCAGCCGAUUAAACUCGGAGCCAAGGAAGGAUUGGCUCUUAUCAACGGGACGCAGUUGAUCACGGCACUUGGCGCUGAAGCGGUCGACAGAUGCGAACUGAUUGCCAAGCAAGCUGAUGUUGUGGCUGCCCUUUCCCUGGAGGUCCUCAAAGGAACUUCUAGGGCGUUCGACAGUGACGUCCACCAGCUGCGGCCGCACCCGGGACAGAUCAACGUCGCCCGCCGUCUACGAUCCCUACUCCACUCGGAGGCUUAUCCUUCGGCCAUCGCUGAAAGUCAUCGCUUUUGCGAUCGAGUUCAAGAUGCCUACACUCUCCGAUGUUGCCCUCAAGUACACGGAAUCGUUCACGACACCAUCGAUUUCGUUCACAAAAUUAUCAAGACGGAGAUGAAUAGCGCAACUGAUAAUCCCAUUGUUUUACCAGAACGCGGAGAGAUCAUCUCAGCUGGAAAUUUUCACGGAGAAUACCCCGCCAAAGCGUUGGAUUACCUGGCUAUUGGUGUUCACGAAUUGGCGUCGAUGAGCGAACGCCGCAUUGAGCGGUUGGUGAAUCCGGUGUUGAGCGAAUUGCCGGCAUUCCUAGUGCGCGAAGGCGGUCUCAAUUCCGGUUUCAUGAUCGCCCAUUGCACAGCGGCCGCUCUGGUCUCCGAGAACAAGGUCCUCUGUCAUCCGAGCAGCAUCGACUCGCUAUCGACGAGCGCCGGAACCGAAGAUCACGUCUCGAUGGGCGGAUACUCGGCUCGCAAAGCGUUACAGGUGGUCGCUAACGUGGAACACGUCAUCGCUAUUGAACUGCUCGCCGCUUGCCAAGCCAUCGAAUUCCUGCGGCCAUUGAAAACGACCGUCCCUCUGGAGGAAGUCUAUCGCACCGUCAGAGCCGUCGCCCGUCCCUGGGAUAAAGAUCGUUACAUGGCCCCAGAUAUCGAAGCUGUUACCGCCCUUCUCAAGGAAGGACAAAUAUGGAAUUGCGUCAAAGGCUAUGUCGAUGCUGUCAAAGAUUAUCUCGAUUUGGAAUCGAGGGCUCCAUCGCCCACAUCCGUUUCGCUGCCGCAUUCUGUUGCUCCUUCGUAUCUGGUUCACGACGAUGACGAUGAAAAGAAUCCGCCCACUAAAAAACAUUGCGCCGAGCACAAUGAAUGAAAUCGACGUCAAACACAUCAUAUUUUUUAUUAUUUUUAUUUGACGACAACAUGACGCAAAAAGAAAUCGCUUUUCAUUUGAAAAUUUUCAGCUGCGGUGGUGGAUGUUUUACGACCGUCUUUUUUGACAUUCCAUUUUUUUUUCCAGUGAUGACGUCUUCAGUCCGUUGAUAGCUGUCGCCAACUGGGCACCGUCCUAUAUCGGUAGUUCCAAAAUUUGAAAGAAAAAAAAAAGUAAAUCUGGAUGAUUGUGUAGUCGUUUAUAUUUUACGACAUUGGCCCACGUAAUGAUUCACUCUUAAGGAUUGCCGUUACGCUACACACUUUUGAACAUGUCUAUUUUGGACCAUAUGGUCGCAUCCAAUUGGACAGCCCCAUUUUCAAAAUAAAAAGAAUCGGUAAGGGCG